UGUGUGGUGGACGUGAGGGGCUCGGCUAUCUGACUGAACCAAGUUUCAGGUCGCUGGUGCCAACGCCCGGCGAAAAUAGCCAACUUAUCGAGUACAAAAACGAAGCUAACGUAAUUGUCAGCAGCAGCCGAAAGCACAGAGAUGCAGACUAUCAAGUGUGUUGUGGUUGGAGAUGGAGCAGUGGGAAAAACCUGCUUACUGAUUUCAUACACCACCAACAAGUUCCCUUCUGAAUAUGUACCAACAGUGUUUGAUAACUAUGCAGUAACUGUAAUGAUCGGGGGUGAACCAUACACCCUUGGCUUAUUUGAUACAGCAGGUCAGGARGAUUACGACAGGUUACGACCACUAAGCUACCCUCAGACCGACGUCUUCCUAGUCUGUUUCUCAGUUGUUUCACCUUCCUCAUUUGAGAAUGUUAAAGAAAAGUGGGUUCCUGAAAUCACCCACCAUUGUCCCAAGACYCCGUUCCUGUUGGUAGGCACUCAGAUUGACCUCCGCGAUGACCCCUCCACAGUGGAGAAGUUGGCCAAGAACAAACAGAAGCCAAUCACCCCUGAGACAGCAGAAAAGCUGGCUCGAGACCUUAAGGCAGUCAAAUACGUGGAGUGCUCAGCCCUGACUCAGAAAGGAUUAAAGAAUGUGUUUGAUGAGGCAAUACUAGCCGCCCUGGAGCCUCCUGAACCUAAGAAAAGGCCUAAAUGUGUCCUGCUCUAAGAUCCUUCGCUGCUUUCUUCAGACCGUUUUCCAGAACCAGGUUAACAGUACUGAUACGGUUUUCUGCACAAGGAYAUUCCACCGUUAUUUGAGAUGUCAUGAGAUUUUAGCCUCCCCACAGACGUAACAUAAAAAACAUUUAAUGUGUUAAAUGAUUUUUAAACUUCGGUUAUUCUGUGCUGGGUCAUUUGAUACCACUGGUCAGAAACGAUAUSAACUCUUGACUGGUUAAACCAACAACCAACUGGAGAUGACGCUUUGAAAUAACUCCUCAGUUUGACCUCAGUGUUGCUUUUUAUGGAGAAAUGUCAGGAGAAUAGAUUAAAUAACUUGUUUUCUCCACAAAAAGUUCUUGUUUCAUGUGUCACAAAAUUGGAAUGCUCACAUCGUUUUGUAUUUUGUUAAAAAUAUGACUUUAAACRUGUUUCAAACUGCAACAUUCUUCUAUCACCAGCUUUUGCAUUAGCAAUAAUAUUCCUUAUUUUGUGUUUUAAGAUUUAAAAUGUAUUUUAAUCAUUCCAACAUGGCCUUUAGGAAGUUCUAAGGAAUGCAGUGGAUGAUUUAUUUUUUUUUUCUUUACUUAAUUCUCCAUCUUUGCUCUCGUUUUUCCAAGACAUGGCCUGAGAAAUUAGGCAGGAAAUAUAUUUCACUUCCAAUUGUAGAAAUAUUGAUUUGAACUUUUUUUUUUUUUGCCAGAGAAAUUUUCACAGCAUUUAGGUCAAGCUUAAAUCUUCAUUGUGGUGACUUGGGUAUCUUAGUUUACAGGCCAAAGUUUUACUACCAGUUCAAUUAUUUGGUAACCUCAACAUYGCCUGCAUCUCAUCAGUAACAGCUUGAUGUUAAAUGACUGAACCAAUGACAUGUCUUUUCCAUGCCGAAUUUUUAAGGUGAAUUGUUGAAGUGACUUGUAAAUAUAGUAAGAAUAACUUAUUUACUGAAUGAAAUUGUGCAUUACUCAUGAGGUUGAGAAGCUGAGAUGGCGCUGAAGUCAAUUUAACCUGAAAGAUGUUUUUUCAUUGUAUUCAACUUGACAAAGUUGUACUGUAUCUUGCUUGUGAUAAAAAAAAGCACAACAAUAAACCAGUAUUAUGAUUAAAUCUUCAAAUAA